UUUAAUUAAAUCACUUUGAUCAUCAAUCAUGUUAAUAAAUUUAUAAUAGCCUAUCCUUUUUGAACACCCCUGUACAUAGCGGGCAUAUAUUCCCGGACAGUUUUCGCCGUACGACGAUAAACUUCGGACCGCGCUCGCUUGUGGUUUCAGUUUGUUUCAACUGCUCAUGCAAGUCGGACGUGUUCACGCAUCGCUCGCGUUUCCUCGCACGCAACGCAACAGUUACACGAACGCGACUGCGCACGUGUAUAUACGUGUAGACCGAUUUCGCGACUGGUUCGUGACGAUAAACCUCGGAGUCGUUUCUUCAAUCAAGCGCAGCCGCCCGAGUGGAACGCUCUUUAAAAAGAGCUUUCACACAAAUCGCAAAAUCGUGUUCGUUCAACUUCUGCCGCGCCACGUGCACGAACGUCCAUGAACCUUGAUAUUUAAUUUUAUUAUUUCGAGGCGAUCUGCGCCUUCGAUUCGAAACGCGCGCUAAUCGUGCCGGCUGACCACGUGGUACCUCGCCGUAUCGACCACCGGUGCGGCCGCCGCGCCGAUUGGCUCGGCCGGGUCACGUGGCCUUGCGCAACGUCAGUUCGGACUACCGUCUGCUGGCGGUGUCACGGGCUAUACACUUGUCAACGUACGCUCGACGGGGGAACAAAGGAUUCCGCAAAGAGACGACCCUCCGGUUCUCUUCUCGUUGCAGAUCGCAACCAGGAUUCGCGUAUUUGUCUCGCAUCAAGGGCACCUCUCACUCGCCCUCGUCCUGAUCUCAGACGCGGUCGCAGAUCGGGAUUCGCGCACAACGUCGUGACAGUGUCGAGAGGAGUGCGUUCGUAAUAAAUCGUAGUACGCGGUGAGGCGCGUUUGACAGCUCGCCGUCGCCGUGACGGUGGACCGUCGUUGGUUGGACCGCAGUCCUGGUUUCCCUAGUAUCAUCGGGCUCGAAGAGGUCGACGAGAAGCCGUCGACAAGGCAGUGAAUCAUCCCGAUUAAUUCCCGCCGAGAGCGCGGAGUAAUCGAUCCUCGGCUCUUUACGUAUCUUUCUUUAUCUCCGUCUCCGUCUCAUUCUCUCUCUCUGUCCCUCUCACGCGAGAGAUCUUCGAAGACAGUGGUGAUUACGUUUCCUUUCCGCCGCGCCGCGAAUUUCGAAUAACACUCCGCCGAUUCGCGUUGUCCUCCUCUUUCUCUUUCUCCUCCUCCUCUCAGGCCCCUUCCCGUCCCACACGUCGAUCGAGUUCCGCGGCCUUGGUGGUGCGCGGGCUUAGGACAUGUACAGUAUGAACUAUAUCGCCAAGAUCAUCAGCAACUUCCGUCUCUUUUACAACGAGAUCAACGCCGCGACUCUCACUGGCGCGAUCGACGUCAUUGUCGUCGAACAGCCGGACGGCUCCUUCACGUGCUCGCCUUUCCAUGUCCGCUUCGGCAAGCUCGGAGUGCUCCGCUCCAGGGCGAAAGUGGUGGAUAUCGAGAUAAAUGGAGAACCUAGGGAAAUUCAUAUGAAACUUGGAGAUUCCGGCGAGGCGUUCUUUGUAGAAGAAGUUAGCUCGAAUGGAUCUCCGACAGAUACUGAAAUUCCACCACAUUUGGCUUGCUCACCCAUACCUGACAAUUGCUUUCCGCCACCCAAGUUCAACCUUUUGUCAGAUCUACCUCAGGAACAGAGAGAGAAGAUUCUCAUAGACUCGGUUCUUUCCAUAGAGCGAGAAAAAUGGGAGCAGAUGUCCGCCUUGCCGCCGGAUCAACGGGAAAAGUUUCUGAUUGAACAGUUCUCAGAUCUUCCCGCGGAACAUCGUGAGAAAUGGCUUCAGAUUGCUUCGUUGACUGCGGAGGAGCGAGACGAGAUGUUCAAGGAAAGCUUUGGCACGAUAUCUCCAGAGCAGAAGCAGCAGAUGAUCAGGGAACAGUAUUUCGCCUUAAAAACGGAGGAUAAGGAGAGACUAUUCAAAGAAAAUUUUCCAGAACUCUCGAUCGAGCAGAGACAAAGCUUCGAGAAAGCUUUACUGAGCGAUUGGAAGGAAAAGGAAGAGAAAUGGGAAGAGAAGCACAACAAAAACGAAGACGAAGAGAUAUUUGAUAUGGACGCCAUCAGUGACGAGCAGCCGAAAUCGGCGGUUUCUUCUUGCCCGAAAUCCUUCGUAGCUGUUACUUCAUCUGAAAGAAUUCGUAAGAUUAGCGUAGUAAAGAAUGACUUUAGGCCAAUUACGGAUGAUCCUCAAAGUAGCAGUAAAGAGAAAUCUAGUGACGAGUCAAAUUCGGGCAAGAAAAAUUUGAAGGAAGAAAUUAUUGAUGAGGGAAAGAAUAACAAUUCGACAAAAAGGAAACGUAAAAGGAAGAGUAUCAUGAAGAAGAAAGGCUCACAGAGAAAGACCAGCAAUGGGAGUAGCAGCCAGACAGAAUUGAGCGAGACCGAUGCAGUUUUUACCGAGGAAUCAGUUAGCGAAACGGGUCCCACUCCGAUCGCAGAAGACGAAAUGAAAAAUAUUGCUGCGGAAUCAGCGACAUCCCCUCAGGAUGCAAUUGAGAAACGACCUGAAACUGAUUUCCAUUUCUUCAGUGAUUCAGAAGUUACCAAAAAUAAGGACUCCAGACCAUCUUCACCUAUCCAGUCAGAUACGGAAUUCGAAGUGCGUAAAAUUACUCAAGAGAGUAGCGAGAGGGAGGACGACAAGGGUCAUCAGCAAAGUUGGAGAUGGGGUGAAUUGCCCAGUCCACCUCCGGAGUCGGCGCACAUAUCUCAUAGGAAUUCGCUGAAUUCUUUGACAACAACCAAUCAGCCGAAUAAAGAUGCACAACGAUCUAUGCUCAGUGGCAUGUUCUCCUUUAUGAAGAAGACUUCUCGCGUAAGACACAAUCCGGAGUCAGAAGGAAUUUAUCUUAGUGAUCUUAAUGCCGACGAACUGGACCCCGAAGUUGCGGCUUUAUACUUUCCCUCCUCUCAUCGAGGUUCAACGAUGGUUAAAGAUAGAAAAACAAUGGACGAGGAAGACACAGAAUCAGGUAACGGGCCAAGUCUACCUCAGAGUCCCAAUAGUGUUGAGGGAGCCAUCGGUGGACCGAAAUCUUUAGAUAGUGAUUUCGAGGAACCAAAGCAUUCUAUUUUCGAUAAUAACAUAGAAAUAAGUAUGUCUCUGUGCGGUGGUUUGGACAGUGAAAACGGACCGUCCAAAGAGGCUUUCGACGAAAAUUUACUGCACUUCGAGGAUGUUUGUACUGAUCCAAAACUAUACGAAAAUCCGAAUCUGGUCGUGAGGAUCAAUGGAAAAUUCUACAAUUGGGCUACAGCUUGUCCGAUAGUGCUGACCUACGUCGUUUUCCAAAGACACUUACCACAAAGUGCAAUCGAAAAUUUGUAUAUGUCAUUGCCAAUGCACGAGGAUAAGAAGCGACAGAGCAGCGGUAAGCCUGAAAGUCGUAGUGGUUAUAGUUCAUGGUUUUCUUGGCGACGUUCGACCCAACCUCCCAAAAAAUCACAGGAUAUUAGUCAAAACGACGAAAUUGCUGUACAGACAUCUGAACAAUCUUUGGAAGUUAAGAAUGUAACAAAUGAUGAAUUACCCUCUGCUAACAGAGAAGUAAAGACUGAACAAAACGCAGACUCAUCAAGUUCAACUGAGACAAUAGAAACUUGUUCAAGAUUGACAAACGCUCCUAAUGAAACUACGUUGACGAAGACUGAGAAAACGCGUGAAGGUGAGGGGGAGGGUUACAGCGGCGGUGAGGAUUCCGACAGUAAUCACAAUGAACCAACGGGUAUUAAGAUACCUGUAGAACGAAGACCAUAUUACGAGUCCACGGAGAAAUAUCGUAAAACUUUACGACUGUCAUCUGAACAGAUAGCAAGCCUCGAGCUGAAGGAUGGUGCUAACGAAGUAGUUUUUAGCGUAACUACCGCUUACCAGGGUACGAAGCGCUGCAAAUGCCAUAUCUAUAAAUGGAAAUGGGAUGACAAGAUCGUUAUCUCUGAUAUCGAUGGUACCAUCACGAAAUCGGACGUCUUAGGUCACAUUUUACCGAUAGUGGGCAAGGACUGGGCUCAAUCCGGGGUCGCUCAAUUAUUCACAAAGAUCAAAAAUAACGGCUACAAGCUGCUAUAUCUUUCGGCGAGAGCGAUCGGCCAGGCUGGAGGAACUCGGGAAUAUCUGAGGAAUUUGAGACAAGGAGAUCUUUCGCUGCCAGAAGGCCCAUUACUCUUGAAUCCUACAAGCUUAAUUUUGGCAUUCCAUCGCGAGGUAAUAGAAAAGAAGCCGGAAGAAUUCAAGAUAUCUUGUCUGAAAGAUAUUCAAGCGCUAUUCCCUGAAGGCUCUGCGCCAUUUUACGCUGGAUAUGGGAAUCGCAUAAAUGAUGUAUGGGCGUAUCGAGCAGUUGGCAUUCCUAUAAUGCGGAUUUUUACCAUAAACCAUCGAGGAGAAUUGAAGCACGAAUUGACACAGACAUUCCAAUCUUCAUAUUCGAACAUGAGUUUCAUCGUCGAUCAUGUGUAUCCGGCAUGGCGAGAGGAUGCAACCGAUGAGUUUAGUAAUUUUGCGUAUUGGCGGGAUCCGAUACCUGAAGUAUCGAAACUCGAAGAACUUUAUGCUCAAGCUACCUAAGAAACUUCCUUUCUCUACAACCGUCACCUGCUUGGACUAUGAACGACGAUUAUCAUAUUUAGCUAACUUUUAUACUCCAUGCGUUGAUUGUAGUGACUUUGAUAGGUGUGAUUGUCCAACGUUAGGAAAAUCUCGCUAAUGCAGACAUUUAGUAUUUUUUGAGAUUUGUUUUUUAGAUAUGAAGAAAUUGUUAUCAAAAAAUUUAAGAAAGAUUUAUGUAUAAAAA